AUGACUCUUAUUGAAUCAACUCCCGAUGCCAAAACCGGUGCUCUGAUCAGACAGGAUCCGCUGUUGAUGCCAGAUCCAGAGCCGCUUUUUUCCAAGUGCUAUAAGAUUAAAGGCUCUUCUUGCUCAACGAGCCCAGAAGGUACUGAUUCUGAAAGUUGCUGGAGAGCCAGAGGUUACCUGCCAGGUGACCAUACAGUCAAAGCCCGGGGAGCCAGAAAAGGUAGUGUUAGACAAAGCCUCUCCCCAGAUGACCCAAGAUAUCAAGCCUCUGUACGUCAAAGCUCACUUGAACGGGAAGCCCGUAUCACAGAUAUUGGAGGACCUGAUGUCAACGGAGGUUUCAGUUGUGGCCUUUACUGGGGGAACCCUUCCUUGCUUUCUUAUAUUGUAUUCACUUCAAUCGCUCCUGAAUCGGUGGAUCAAAGAUCGGAAUACCUGACUUUCACUGCUAGAGGUGGAUUGGAUGAGAGGCCGCUAUUUGCUUGCUUCUCCUGUUCGCUCUAG